GUUGCCAAACAACUGUGAUAUAAAACAAAGUGAUGCAGCUAGCCAGAGCAUACAAACCCACCAAACUGUAUCUAAUAAUCCUAGUGGAGUUGCAGAUGUACCCUCCCAACAAGAAGAAAAGCUUAAAAAUGUAAAUUUAGAUUUAGAAUUAUUAAAGGCAGAAAGUGUGGUGCAGCCAAAUGUAGAAUAUGUAAAUAAUAAUCUUCCCUCCAAGGAUCCUGCAGAAUUGGUUAAAGUAGUAAAGGAGCAAGAAGCUCAUCCAUUAGAAUCCGAGUUAAACAAAAAGCAAAUAAUUCCAAACUUAGAAAGCAGCAGACAUAUGAAUAUUCAAGAAAAAGAGCAAUCUGUUACGGAGCAAAUGGCAAGUUCUGUUGCUAAAGAAGUAAAGCCAAAUUCUAUUUCUUUAGAUGUAAAAGGUCCUGAACAGACUGAACCUUUGUCACCUUCAAAACAUACAGAUUCAUCUGCUAAACAGUCUUCACCGGAGAGAUCUGGUUUUCAAAGUGAGGUACUGUUGGCUUCAAAUUAUCUUCAUUCUGAAGUACCAGCAUCUGAUCAUAUGAUAAAAAAUAAACUUUCUGAAGAGAAAUCAGUUGAAAAAAUAGUUGUUGAAGAUGCUCACCACCAGCCACAUUAUGAUGGGAUGCCAUCUUUUGAUGAAUGGAAAAAAAUGAUGCUAGCAGAACAAGAAAAAGGAGGACAGCAAAUGCCAUCUCCUAAUCCACCAGGCAAAAAAAUUUCUAGUCAGAAGCGCAGACGUAACUAUUCUUCAUAUGAAUGUGGUGCCAAAAUUGUUGCAUCUAAUUCAGAAGCAGAAGGAACCAGUCGUAUUUUAAAUGAACUUGUGGAUGAAUAUAUGUUGAAUCCUUGCAAAGCUAAAAUUUGGUUUGUUAUUGAAUUGUGUGAAACAGUCCAAGCAUCUCAGAUUGAGUUAGCCAAUUUUGAAUUAUUUUCUUCUUGCCCGAAAGACUUUGCAGUAUAUUCAAGUGAUAAUUUUCCUACACGAGAUUGGAUCCUACUUGGAACUUUUUCAGCAGUAGAACAAAGAGUUCUUCAAAGUUUUGAAUUAAAGCAGGAAGGAUUUGGAAAAUUUAUAAAAAUAGAACUAUUAAGUCAUUACGGAGGUGAACAUUAUUGUCCAUUAAGCGUUGUACGCAUAUUUGGAACAUCAAUGGUUGAUGAAUAUGAAGAAAUGGAAACCUUGGCCAAUCAAGUCAAUAUUCCUGAUGAUGAAUUGGAUAGGUUGGACAUACCAGUCGAAGAUCAAAAGGAAUCCACAAAUUUGUUUGGGUCUGCAACGGAUGCUGUUUUAAGUAUAGUCAAAAAAGCUGCUCAAGCUUUGGGCCAGCAACAAGCACUUGAAGAAGGACAAACUAAUGAGACAGCUCCAGAACAGCAAAAUGUAUCUGAUGCAAAAUUAUGCAAAUUGGUUGACAGAGCUUCAAACAAAUGUGAUGAUCAUAUGCUGAGUGAUAGUGAAAACAUUGGUUCAUCAAUUGAAGAUCUCCCUCUAGCUCCAAGCUCAAGCAAUUUAUCAUUAUUCCGUCUUUUGCAACGUUGUGAUCAGUGUGUCUCUUCACGAAUUCGUUACUAUUCAUCGGCUCAGCCACACUGUCGAUUCUUCCAAGCUGCUUUAGGACCAGUUGUUUUUCAGAAACUUUGUGAUUGGUUUAAGGAGCAUCCUCUUGUUAUAACGCAUGAAACAUCUGUCUCUGGGAAAGAAAAUGCAUAUUCAGGUAGCUCCUUUGUUGUAUCACCAACUAAAAGCCCUCCUCCACAGAUUAUGAGAAUUCCUGUUGACAGUGAUUCUUCCUUAAAAAAAUUAAUUCCAAAUGAUUCUUUCCCUUCUCUUAGCAAGUUAGACAAAAACGUCAAUUUAAAUAUUUCUGAUGGAACUCUUCGUAAACUAAAUAAAUCUGUUGUACUUACAGACCACAUCGUACUAGAAACUUCAAUACAUCCAACUCGUACUCAACAAAAUGGGCACAGUAGUACUUACAGUGAUAGUAAGAAGAUCUCAGAGUAUGAUCAGUCGAGCGGAAGUUCGCCUCUUGCUGAUUCUGUGGUUGAAUUACCUUCUAAAGUUACAGUUCCUUUACCUGAAAAGACAGAUGCAUUUAUUGAAAAGAGUCCCACUGAAACACUAUCUGUUAAUGCUAAUGAUAAUUCUGUACUUAGUGAGAUGUUGACAGACUCUGAAGAGCAGCAAAUCACUGAUUAUUUAUCUGAAUCAAGCACUACUACUUCCCCUGAAGAGGAAAUAACAGAUACUGUAUCACCUAUUGAAAUGCCCACAAAUAAUCGAACAGGAGAUGAGAAACGUAUGGACAUGCGAAGUGAAUUUCAAGGGAAACAUGAGCCUAUUACUGCAUCUGGUGUCUCUACUGCUGGCCAGAAAGAAUCAGUGUUCAUGCGAAUGAGCAAUCGUAUAAAGGCCUUAGAAAUAAAUAUGUCCCUCAGUAGUCAGUAUUUACAAGAGUUAAGUCAAAGGUAUCGCCGACAGAUGGAAGAAAUGCAGCGUGCAUUUAAUCGCACCAUAGGAACAUUAAAUGAUACUGCUAGGAAAGCUGCAGAAAAGGAUUUAAAACAACAAGAAGUUCUAAAUAGUUUACAGCUGCAAGUUGCUAAUCUUUCAAAAACUGUAGAAAUGCUGUUAAGUGAGCGAACAUCUGUAUUCCGACAGAUGGUUGAGACUCAUAUUUGCCUCAUGGUUAUUGAAGCAAUAAUUAUGAUCACUAUUAUGUCUUUAUGUGUGCGACGCAUAUAUUCGACACCUCAGAUUCCUCCUUUGGAGAGAGAUACAGUUGUUUCUGCUCCACGCCUCUCCAAAAGAAGAAGCUCUGUAGAUUCUUGCACACCACCUAUUGCAAGGAAAGUCAAAAAGCGCUCUGCCAGCGAAGAAGCAUUAAAUGCAGGCGAAAAUUUGUUGAUCGUCGAACCGCUACCAGUAUUUCUAGAUCCAACUUUAAAGGUAAAAAAGAGAAAUAGGAAACGUAACAAGGCUAUUCAGCGUAGCAUCUCUCACCCUACUGUUGAGCAGAAAAACUCGUGUUCCUCUAGUCAGUGUAACAAAGAAAAAGAUUCUCAUUCUGAAGCAUGCAUUCUGUCACACAUGAAAUCAAAACAUGUGUCAAACAAAGCCAAAUAUGUGUGUGAGAACUGUAAUUAUAACAGCUGUAUAGUAAUGUCAUCUGAAAGAGAGAGAAGGUUGGACAGCUUACCUCUUAAAAAUCUCACCAAUGGUACUAUCUUUGAUUCUAAUAUUUUACAAAACAAAGACAAUUUGGUGAAAGGAAGAGAAAAGUUUAGUUUUAGAAAGUUCCUCAAACUUCAGAAAAGAGACUCAAUCUAGUCUUAUUUCUAUUUUCUUGUCUUUUAUGUUUUAAAAUACGUACCUUUUUUCUUUGUUUCAAGAUAGCCAGUUUUUUUAGCAUGUAUUAUAUUAAAUUUUCUUAAGAUGCGAUUUAUGUUUAAAUAAGAUUAUUCCUAAAAUGUACUUGCAUUUCAAACAUUUUUUACAUACUUUGGCAUUUUUAUUAAAUAAAUCCUAAACUGCUUUGUGAUAUAGUGUAUUAUAAUUUCUUAAGAAUUCAAGUAGUAAAUUUAAUUUAUUGGUAUAUUUCUCGAAAUGCAAUAUUAAGCAAUGGAGGCAAACUCCCUUGAAACUUAGGGACCAAGAAGAUAGCAUGCAACAGGUAUUUAUUGUAAAAAUAAUUUUAAAUAAUUCAUUAUGGAUCAUUUAAAAAUUUAAUUAUUUUUAAUGCCUGGCUAUCUUGUUACUCACUCCAUUUCUCUUUUGAACUUAAUUACUUUUCUUUUAAAUGUUUUACUUUAUAAAUUUUAAAUAAGGGACAGUCUACAAGGAUUCCAAAAAUAAAACAUUCUACAACAUA